AUGGUCGGCACUGCGACAUCUCCAGCGAAAGCUUUGUAUCCCCAGGGCAAGCCUACGCUACAUGUCGAGUGCUGUACCAAACAACCGGAGUCCUUGCCUCCAACACUGGCAGAUCGAGUUGAAAGAUGGCUCAGAAACCAGUAUGCCACAGUCAAAUUAAAGCAGACCUUUCCAUGUCUCGAUGGGUUCCUCGACCCUCCCGGCAUCCAUUUCAUCACUGUUGCAGACCUCACUUCUAGUACAGAUGUCGAGUCAAACACCUGUAUUCGUCUUCCACAUGUAGAUAUCACCGUUGACGUCUUCGAGCUCCACGGCGACGAAGAGCAAAUCGAGCCUUCCGAGGCUACACUUACCCGGAUCGCUCAAAACGCCAAUGAUGACAUUCAGGGGCCGCAAGCCACGAUCACGAGUCUUCCGAAUAGGAAUUUCCAUGGUCUUUGGGAUUCGUUGAUUUUCGAAGAUUUCAUUCAAUCUCGACUCCUCAAAUUCAUCAUCCGCAUGAUGUCCUUUUCCGCUCGUCAACGUCGCCAACCAUUGCCCUGUUGGAGCAGAGCCGUCCUACUUUAUGGACCGCCAGGUGCUGGAAAGACAAGCCUCUGCCGAGCCUUAGCCCAGCAAUUAUCCAUCCGUUUGCGCAACACUUUCCCACACUGCAAGCUCGUUGAAUUUGACGCUCAUUCAAUGUUCAGCCAAGACUUUGGUGAGAGUGGGAAAGUCAUCAACAAACUCUUCGCCAUGAUUGAGUCGAUGCUCGAUGAGGACGAAAACGCUUUGAUUUGCGUCUUUAUUGAUGAGAUAGAAAGCCUAGCCGGCAAACGUCAGUACCCUGGCAGCUCUAACGAGCCGCAAGACUCCUUGAGAGCUGUCAAUGCAUUGCUGAUCGCGCUUGAUCGGCUACGGUGCAGACCUAACGUCUUACUCUUUUGCACGAGCAACUUGAUCGAGGCUGUGGAUCCGGCAUUUAUUGACCGCAUCGACAUGAAACAACAGAUUUCAAAUCCUGGUCCAAGAGCUAGAUACGAGAUUCUGCGUUCCUGCUAUCUUGAACUUGGUCAAUGCGGAAUCAUAGCUCCAAUCCGUCAGCCCCUAGAAGCUGCUACCCUCGAGCAACCAUCACAAGGAAUGCUGCUGGAUGGAGAUGAGGACGAGCUCGCGAGCGGGUGGGCCUCCCUCAUACCUUCCUCAUCCUCUUCGUCUUCUCCGGAUAGAUACUACACUCCGCUUAGCAGCCCGCCACCUCCGCACCACUCAACCAAGGCUCCUAAGUCUCAAAUUGAUUUCCAUGUCGUCGACGACAGAGAUCUACCGCCUCACCACCUCAUGAUGCUGCAUUUCCCCGCCGACGAAGAGUCUCUGCCUCGAACAUUGUGGAAGGUCGCAGCGAAGAGUACGAACUUCAGUGGGCGAACCCUACGGCGUCUGCCCGUCAUGUCUCUAGCUAUGUACACGACGCAGGACCCAUGUCCCAUCGAUGAAGCUCUCAAUGCGCUUUCAGAAGCUGUCGAUAACGAGUCGUUACGGGAACAGAAAGAUAGUACAGGAGAGACCAAGAUGCUCGACUGUUGUUAG